GUUUUACUUUAUUAAUUCUGUUGUUGUUCAAACUUGACAAAGUUUUAAGAGUUCGUAUACCAUAGGACCGGCCCAUUAUGAGCAUGCUACACCCGAAUCAAUACGACGUCGUUCUAUUAAAAAAACGCGCACAACGGCCUUCUCGAAAUCGGCGCGUCUUUCUUCCCAUAGCUGCGUCUUUUGACAUUGGCUAUUUACAUUUCUCGAAAAACUUUCUGACUUCACGCUUCCAUCAAGUUCCGUCAGACAGAGUUCCACCAUUCGAAGUGCAUUCUGAAGAAGGAAAAGUAAGAAUCCGAACGAAGAAGAACGUUUUGCAGAUCGAGAAAAUGACGAGGUCUAAAGGCAAAACAGUUGCAAGGAGAACAAGAAGUGCUGUAGCUCCUGAAAAUGAAACUCAGCAUACAGAACAUCACAAUGAAACUGCAAGGAUACUGAACACAGAAGAACCGAUUCUAAGGCUAGAAUAUCAUCAGCCAACAACAAGCAAAAAAAGAAAAGCAGCCCCAAAAAAGAAGAAAGCAGAAUCUGAAGAAUCAGACGAUGAAUAUGAAGAAGUGGAGACAAGCAACAGGCCGCCUUCUGUAAAUCUAAGAACAAGAGUAGGACCAGCCCCUUUCAUAAAGUUGAUUAACCAAUUAGAUGAAAGAAAAAAAGCAGCAGUUGAAAGGAUUGGAUUUGGGGGAUUACUGCAUUUAAACUUUGACAGAUUCUGUGGAGAUUUGGUUGCGUUUUUGUUGAAGAACUUUAGACCAAUUUCAGGACAGCUACAACUUGCCAAUGGUGAGCUGCUAGAUAUUGAAGAUGAAGAUGUCAAAGAUGUAUUUGGUCUGCCAAAGGGAAAGAUAGAAGUUCAAGAAGCGAAUGCGAAGAAUGAAACUGAAGAGUAUACCCAACUGCUAAAAGAAUGGAGAGAAGAAUGGGGGAUUGAUAAAGGAAGCCCUCAAACAUCAAAAAUGAUUGAAAAAAUAGUUGCAGAUACUGACUCUGGAGACAGAUUCAUCAGAAACUUUGUGGUCUUUACAGUCUCUUGCCUGAUCAGAGGAAACCAGAGUGUUAACAGCAAUUUUAAAAUAUUGAUGUCUUUGGUUAAUGUAGCUGAUAUACCAAACAUGAAUUGGUGCAACUACACAAUAAGAUCGUUGAUGGAUGCAAGCGAGGAAUGGCAAAC